AUGCUGACGUCUCGCAUCCUGAACCUCGUUUCCGGCACCCACGGCUCUUCGCCGCAUCUGACCGACAUCAACCCCCUCCAUAUUUCGGCGGCCAUGGGCCUACAGAAGGUGGCUGCCCUUUUGAUUGGCCAGCAUGGCACUCACGUCGACUUCAGAGACAGCUGCGGCUACACGCCGUUGUCGUACGCCAUACGCUCGCCGUUCGCCGAUGACGAGAUGAUAUCUGAGCUGAUCCUCUGUGGUGCCGACCUCAUGCAGGAGGUGCCACAUGGCGGCAUACAAGUGUCUAUUCUGGAGUACGCCUGCCAUGCCGGCCGGUUCACCGCUGCUCUUCACAUCCUCGACGCGCUCGAGUUAUCUGACGUGCCUUUCGCUUACGACCCAGCUCUUCGGGUUACUAUACCAAUGCCCUGCUUUCAAACGAAAGGCCAGACUUCGCAUACCAAAAAGAUCCUGAUGUCCGGCUCCCAGGAGCGGCCAUCGCUGCUUACCAGCAGCGCCAAGCUUGGCGUCCAGCUCCGAUGGCAGGUUCGCAAGCGGGCUGGACAGUGCUGCUGGCAGCUCCUCGGCGGCACGCGCCCCGUUACCAGGAGCCCGAGCGGGCGCGCCGUUGGCUACCAGCAAAAUGGCCUAUUACCGGCAGCUGUUGGCGCAAAGUUGGGCACGCGCCCAGCUACCAGAAACCCCGGCAUUGCACGUAUGACCUUGGUCGAGGUUACCGGCGCUGCUCGGCCGGGGCUACCAGCAGGCGCUCCAAGCAUCCGCGCCGAGGGCCCGGUCAUCCCGGACCAGUGCCUAGCUACCAGCAACGGUUGCGGCCUGUACAGCGUCGGCGAUGCAUUUGCAUGUCAUCCAAUUUAG